AUGAGCAUUCCACAUGCUGCUGGUCGGCGUCUUGCACGCUCGUGGUGUCCCGGCCACAGACUCUACUCCUCCGCAACAUCCUCCGCUCGUCUGAAUGUACCGAUUGACUACAAAGCUACUCCUCUUUUACAUCAUGCCCCGUCGUCAAUAUCUAGCUCACAAGAGCUACCGAAGUCCGGCAACACCAAACGAAUGAACCUAUACCAAGCAAUCAAUUCGGCCCUUAGAACAGCCAUGUCAGCCUCCGAUAAAGUCAUCCUGUUUGGCGAAGAUGUGGCCUUUGGCGGUGUCUUUCGCUGUUCAAUGGAUCUACAAACAGAGUUUGGCCCACACAGGGUGUUUAAUACGCCGCUGACAGAACAGGGAAUUGCUGGAUUUGCGAUUGGUGCUGCUGCACAAGGGCUGAAACCUGUUGCCGAAAUACAAUUUGCCGAUUAUGUCUAUCCUGCUUUCGACCAGAUUGUGAAUGAAGCAGCAAAAUUUAGAUAUCGUGAGGGUACAACUAAUGCUGAUGCUGGUGGUUUGGUGUUUAGAAUGCCUUGUGGGGCUGUCGGACAUGGUGCACUUUAUCAUACCCAAUCUCCUGAGUCGCUGUUCUCUCAUAUUCCCGGCGUGCGCGUGGUAAUGCCACGAUCUCCAACCCAAGCAAAGGGACUCUUGCUCUCGUCGAUUUUGGAAUGCAACGAUCCAGUCAUCUUUAUGGAGCCCAAGAUUUUAUACCGAGCAGCUGUUGAGCACGUUCCUACUGAGUCGUAUACCCUUCCGCUCAGCAAAGCGGACAUCGUAAAACCAGGCUCCGACUUGACCAUCAUCUCAUACGGACAGCCACUAUAUCUCUGCUCCCAAGCAAUAUCUGCAGUGGAGAAAGCCAGGAAAGGUGUAAACAUAGAAUUGAUUGAUCUGCGGACGAUAUAUCCUUGGGAUCGCCAGACGGUUCUAGACAGUGUUCGACGAACAGGCAGGGCCAUAGUAGUCCAUGAGAGCAUGGUCAACUAUGGAGUUGGUGCCGAAGUUGCAGCUACAAUCCAAGAAGGCGCAUUUCUACGAUUGGAAGCGCCAGUCAAGCGAGUCGCGGGCUUGACUACACAUACUGGGCUGGCAUUUGAGAGCUUUAUCUUGCCCGAUGUUGCGAAAAUACAUGAUGCUAUUGUACAAACUCUCGAUUAUUGA